AGCUCUAAAUCAUCCAUCGCUCAACUCAGUAGCAGAACCACCAAUCACAUUGCUCAUCAAUCAAACCCUAAUCAAAACCCUUAACCAACAUCGUGAUAAGAAAAUGGCGAGAGUGAUGAAGCUCGCGUGCUUGGUGUUGGCUUGCAUGGUGGUUGCCGGCCCCAUGGUGGCGGAGGCUCAGAUCUCAUGCGGCACGGUUGCUAGCAGGGUCGCACCGUGCAUCGCCUACCUGACACGUGGCGGACCGCUUCCACCGGCGUGCUGCGCAGGUGUCAGGAGCCUCAACAGCCUGGCUAAUACCACGCCUGCUCGUCAGGCCGCGUGCCGUUGCCUUCAGUCGGCGGCUAGGAGCAUUCCCGGCCUCAACCAAGGCGCCGCCUCCGGCCUCCCCCGAGCCUGCGGCGUCCGCAUCUCUUACCCCAUCAGCACCACCACCAACUGCAACAACGUCAAGUGAGAGGAGACACAUUGAAGAAGGUGGAGCUUGGAGGGGGCAAAUAUCACACGUUUCGUAUAUAUAUAUAUAUAUAUAUAUAUUACCUAUGAAGAAGAGAUUUUUAUUAUAAAAUAAGAUGGUCCGACCGAUCCUUCGACCGUUUUCCUUCUGUGUUGUAUUGUCGUUUCACGCCUCGUGUCGUAAUCUGGUUGGUCCUCUUCGAUGUAUUUUAAUUUUACCACCUAUUCCGGAAUUAAUGUUUGGAGUUUUUCGACUUGGAAAUU